AUGUCGACCAGCACGGCCACCGGCACGCUCGCGCGCCCCCAAUACGUCAUCGAGCACAUGGAAGAAGACGAUCCGGAAGCACCCUCCAAGUUCCCGCAAUGGGCGCUGCUCGAGUACCGACACAUGCUCGCGCUCGUUGGACCGGGAUCGACUGUGCACUUUACCUCGUUGUCGCACGCCUCGCUCGAAUCGCUCCGCAGCUCGCUCUCUUCUUCUAGCUCUGGACCUCGCGCAGAGUUUGAGCUGCACACGGCAAGCAUUACGACGCUGAUGGAGCAGCGUGGGGUCACCAAGGACAAGGUGUGUCUGCUGGACCCCAAGUCGCCCUAUGCCGUGUCGAUUACUGAUGCGGGCAAGGUUUCGAGUAGCACCAAGCCCGCGGCUGCCGGCGGACCGUUCGAGUUCUUCCUGUAUGGCGGCAUCCUGGGAGACGACCCUCCGCGCGACCGCACCUCGUCGCUGCGCCAACUCGGCUUUCCCUCGCGACACCUCGGGGGCAUCCAGAUGACCACCGAUACCGCACUCGGCGUCACCAAGCGCUGCGUCGAAGACCUUCUUCUCCUCGCGCUCGACGACACGCAACAGCAGGAGCAGGACUGGGGGGAUGUGCAACAGGCCAAGGGCAAGCUCCAGUGGGUCAACCAUCCCGAGCUCAACUUUGGCAAGGGCGAGAGCGUGGAGAUGCCGUUCCGCUACAUGGUGGAUGAGGCGAGAGCCGUGACAGCAAGUGGGGCGGGGCAGCCGCUGAUGCCAGAGGGCAUGCGGGAGCUGAUCAGGACCGAUCUUGAUAGGUGUUUCGAGUUUUGA